UGUUCCUUCUGGUCGUCCGCGUUCUUGGUGGGCGCCGUCGCGCCGUUGGCGUGGCCGUUGCUGAUGCCAUUGGCAGCCUUUCUCUUGGUCGUGCCGUUGCUCGUAAUCGUUGUGGAAGCCAUGAUGGGAAAUCCGAAUGCGUACUGUCAACGUCGAGAAGAAAGGAGUGAAGCCCCAAGACCAGCUUGACGGAAAAGACAAUCAACAAAAAAAGGUUGGCGCAGGGUCGGUAGUUGUGAACCCUUGAGGUUGCUCGCUUGGGUUCCUCCGUCCAAUUUCAACAGUUGGCGGUGGCGGACAGGGGCUCAGGUCCCUCAAUUGUGGGGUAUCUGAUCUGCUGGAGCCAACCAGGAGGGGCCAGUGGCCCAUGCUUCAAAGAUCUCCAAGAUCGAAAAAGGGGUUAUCGUUCCAGAAGCUCGCCUGUGCCUGUGAAAGUGGGCUGUCCAUCCGAACUGGGCGUUGAAAAGUGGUGUGUUGGACAGGAUUGUUUUUGUUUAUGAGAUGUUAACCAAAUCUUCUUGUCCUUUUCGACAUUUCUUCUUGACCAACACGGGCAGCCAACUAGAGAACCAACAAUCAUUGGGAUAGGCAAUUGGCAAGCCCAAGGGCAGUGUCAACAAUGAAGACUGAUGGGUAUAUUCAGCAAUAGACUUGAACGCAUGACCUGGAAAUCUCUUACAACACCUUAGUUGCAAUGACGCCAUCAGCAAAGCCCAUUCGGUUGGAAGUCCUGUCAUCGCAGGUUAGGAGCUGAUUACGAAGUGACAACUUCAAGGGUUGAAUUGGCCGCGGACUCAUAUCCUGCCUUCAGCCUUCCAAGUGGAAGGCGUCUUGUGUCUUGGUUGCACAUAUCAUCAUGGUGCUGGAGCUAUGGCCAACCAAACAAGACACCACAAUAUCCUUCCUGUGGUACGCUCUCGAGCCUCGUCCUAUCUUUCACGAACCAGGAAACACCAUAGAAGAGGGGUAACAGUGGGGGUUGAUACAAACCCCUGUCUGUUACCUACCACGACCUUCUCAUACCGGAUCUGCAUCGCGGGAGCUUGCCGUACCGUUUGCUCAGACGGCGGCCUGCUAUUUCGUACACUAUGUUAUGCCGUGCUCCGGGUUCAGCAAGUGGUGAACUAUUAAAGGGCAGUGUCUCUCGGUCAUCUCUCUUCCCUCUCUUCUACAGCCAGACCCAAUUUUACCCAUUAGUUUCUCCGAUCGCCUUUUCAAUAUGUCACCGCCUACUGAUCUCCCCGAGAUGGAAUACCGCUUCUUGGGCCGCUCCGGUCUCCAAGUUUCUGCCAUCUCCCUCGGCGGCUGGCUGACAUACGGCGGUCAUGUAGACAGAGAAGGCACCUUCGCCUGCAUGAAAGCCGCCUACGACGUCGGUGUCAACUUCUUUGACUGUGCCGAGGUGUACGCGAAGGGUGAGUCCGAAAAGGUCAUGGGCGAAGCCAUCAGGAAGUUUGGCUGGCAAAGAAACGAUCUCGUCAUCUCUACCAAGAUCUAUUGGGGCUCAGCCUUCAGCACCAGACCAGUAAACAACAUCGGGCUCUCCCGAAAGCACAUCAUCGAAGGCAUGAACCAAUCCCUCGAACGCCUCCAACUCGACUAUGUCGACUUGAUCUACGCCCACAGACCAGACAGAAAUACCCCCAUGGAAGAAACAGUCCGAGCCUUCAACCAUCUAAUCGACAUAGGCAAGGCCCUCUACUGGGGCACCAGCGAGUGGGACGCAGACGAAAUAGCCGAAGCACGCCACUACGCAGAUAAACUCAACCUCAUCGGUCCAUUAAUGGAACAGCCCCGGUACAACAUGCUCGAGCGCCUCCGCGUCGAAUCCACCCUCGCCCACCUCCUCCGCACUCCCCCAUCCCUAGGCCUGACCGUCUUCUCCCCUUUGCGGCAGGGGAUCCUCUCAGGAAAAUACAAAUCCGGCAUCCCGCCCGACUCCCGCUUCGCCCAAACCCAGCUCGAGUUCAUCUCCGGCUUCUGGAAGCGCACGGGCAAGGAAGAGUUUCAGGAAAUGGUUGACACGGUCUCCAAGCUCGAACCAAUCGCCGAGCGGUUGGGCGUGAAGCAGAGCGUGCUGGCGUUGGCGUGGGUGCUGGCUAACAAGCAUGUUAGUAGCGCCAUAACAGGAGCGAGCUCGCCGGAACAGGUGUAUGAGAAUGUGGAGGCGUUGAGGGUGUACAAGUUGCUGACGGAGGAGGUGAUGGGGGAGAUUGAUGAGAUUUUGGGGAACAAGCCGCCAGCGGUGGUGAUGAGGUUCUAGGGUAACAGGUGGGCAUGGUGGCUUCCGGGAGACGUACCUUUGAUCUCCCUUAACAAUUCUGUAUUUGUGGCACAAGCUCUAUGGUUAGGAAAAGAAAAUACAGUAUAAAGCCUAUGCUUAGCCGUUUGCAUUCACUCCUCUAUCGAUACA